AUGGCCGACGCCAGAGCACGCGCAGAAGCCCGCCGCAAGGCCAUCCUCGCCCGCGGCAGCGACCGCCUCUCUCGCAUCACCACCUCCGCCCGCGGCGAGGACGGUGCCGCGUAUAUGCACGACCCCGCCCCCCUCCCCGGUCGCGCAGGCCUGACCGACUUUGUAGGCGAGACCUCCAACAUGCCGACCCCACCCCUCGCGCCCCGCGCCGCCAGCAUGCCCGCCCCUUCCGCCACGUCUCCCUUCCAGGCCGCCGGGCUCGGCGCCGCACCCCCCGACCCCUCCGUCUGGUCCGAAGAGCAGCAGCAGCAGUUCAUGAGCGCCCUCCUCGGCGCCGCCGCGUCCGGCCGCUUCCCCACCGACCUAAACUCGAGCGCAAGCGCAAGCACACACUCCUUGCCUGCGCCACGUCCGCGCGUGGCCUCCUCGGCCUCGUCCACCGCCGGCUCCACGACCGUCGUCGCGGAUCCCCCGGAAGCCUCGCUCCCCGCGGACGACCCGAUGUCCGCGCUCAUGGCCGCGCUAGGCGGCGGGAACGGCGGCGGGGGUGCGCCGCCUGCGUUCCCUUUCCCGGGCGCAGGGAUGAUGCCACCCCAGAUGGCCCCACCAAAACCCAAGACGCUCCUCCAGAGGCUCAUGCCCCUCGUACACGUCGUGUGCGCGUGGGUGCUGCUCACGUACUUUGUACUGUGGAAGGAGCCGGAGGCGUACGAGAUCAAGACGCACGGAACCUCCGCGAUGGAGGGCCUCUGGAGUCGAUGGGCAGAUCUCAGCUGGAAAGCCCCAGACGACGGCUGGGGGGUCCAGGCAGUGCCAUUCUUCUGGGCAUUCACCACUCUCGCGCUCGUCUUGCACACAUGGCGCAUAUUCACCAACCUUGACCCUGUGCAACCACCAAUGCUCCUUGCACUCGCACUCCCUGUGCUCCCACCCCCACUACCCGCGGUCAUCACAAACGGGCUGAAAUACCUCCAAAUUGGAGGGGUAUUCCUCGACGACAUGUCAGCACUCCUAGUCGGCAUUGGGAUGCUGAUCUGGGUCGCAACAUGGUUUGCGACCUGA